AUGGAGAGCUACAGAAGAAGAGACAUGGUAGAAUACACAGAAGUCCGGCGGAAGAAGGCAUCGAUGAAACCAAACGGAGACGGAAUAACCGCGUUUUUUGUCACAAAUGUACCACAGGCGGCCAGAAAAUCUGAGCUCAGGGAGGUUUUCAGUAGAUAUGGAAGAUUAAGAGACGUUUAUAUAGGAGUGAACAAGGGGAAGAACGGCUACUUUUAUGCGUUUAUCAGAUUUGCGGACAUGAAGGAUGUUAUUGCCAUGGAAAGAUUACUCAACGGAGCCAAGAUAAGAGGCAGAAACCUAGCGGUGAAUCUGGCUCGAUAUGAAAGAAAGAAGAAAGAAGUUUAUGAGACAAAAAUGCCAUUGAAGACAUGUAACCAACCACCACAAAAAACCCUCACCAAUGCAUAUCGUGACCAUCGGUCAUAUGCAGAAAUCAUAAUUCCCCAGGCUGGACACAAGCCCCCACAACCACCACCCCUACCUUAA